CCACAAAAUUAUUCAGGAGGGCCAUCAUCUUGGCCGUUUGAUCAAUAAAGCUUUUCGCUUUCCCUCUAAAAACCUUUCAAUGGCUUCUAUUCCUUCAGCUCUACUGAGUCUUCAACUUCCCGAGCAUCAAUGCCCUCAUCUCACAUUACACUUUCCCAGAAAUUCAAAUACUGCCCCUUCUCUCUACUUCCCUGGACCUGGUUUUCACACAAUAAAUCCCCUCAAAAUCAAGUCCUCAAGAACAGUCAAAUUUGCUGCCACGGAAUCAGACUCCAGGAAACCCCUAGAGCCGGACCCUCAAACUCUUCUCCAAGAAGUUGCAGACAGUUUUGCCCUCCCUGCUGAUUAUUUUUCUCAGCUGCCUAGCGAUCUUCGUCUAGAUUUAAACGAUGCUGCCUUUGAUCUUUCAAAUGGUCAAGUUCAACUAGAGUGUGGUGAAGAGCUCGGGGAGACAUUGGUAAAUAUUAGUCGAGCAUGGGAACUGGCUGACACAUCAACCUCCUCAGCUUUAAUGAACAAGGUCCCUCAGCUAGAGAGCUCUUUGACCGGUUAUCAAAUAUCAGCACUUGGAAAGCGCUUAUUAUCUGCUGGAAGGAGGUUUCAGGCCAUGGGACAGUAUGGUGCAGGUGAAGUGCAGCUGAUUGCUGAAGUGAUGAUAAGGAAUGGGAUGAUUUUGUCCAGAUGUUCAGUAUCUGGAGGUACUGAUCAAAAAUUAAAGCAACAAACCCAAACUCUUAAGUUUGGUGAGCUUCAGGUUGCACUGACCUCAGGAAAAGCAUACUUUGGAGCUGCCAUUGGUGCGGUGUUUGGGAUUCUUUCGUGGGUGUUAAGCCAACACGUUGCAAGUAUACCUGAGAGCUCAUUUCAGUAUGCAAAUGACAAUGCUUUGUUACUUGCUAGGGCAUGCAAAGGGUAACAAUUAAGGGUGGUUUGGGUAUUAUGCUGCUUUUUUGGCAUUUUUAAAGAUAUUCAAUGAGUUACUUGACCUAAUGACCUGUAUCUGUUGACAUCGACGGAACUUGCUUCUUGUGCAGUCAUUGCAUGGAGCUCUUCUUGCUCUUCUUUAUUCCUCUGCCAUCUUGUCUGCUUUUACCGCAGUUGGACUUAUUUUACUUGCCAGACAGCUCAAGUCAGAUGAUAAAUGAGCUUAAGUGCUAUCUCUUGAGUCUUGAGUCGAUAGAAGUUUGGUUCAGAUGUAAAUGUAUUACUUGUAAGUGUGUGUGUGUGUGAAUCUUGCAUCUUAAUCCUAGUAUCAGAGGAAAAAGAAUCCUAGUACGUUUUUAAUAUUUUUUUUAGCCAGUCACCGCUCGACUAGCGCCUAACGCCUUCUAGAACAUUGGGUUCAUCCCCAUUUAAUUUCUCACUUCGGACGUUGCACCAAGUUUAAGCAAAUGACAAUU